UCACCCACAACAUUGGUUACGUGCCCAAAUAUGAAUUGAUUGUCAGGUUUUAUUCUAAGAAUCGGAAACUUUUGCCACUCUUGAUCAAUACUUAUACUAUUUUUUCACAGAAAUAAGAGCUUUGACUUUGAGCAAAGCCAAGAACCAAUGGAGCUGGAAAGGAUCACAUCCCUCCUGCUUAUUGGACAGUGGACAGCAUCGUGUUGGCCACUUAAUUCUGGUGGUCUUUCUCCUUUAUUCUAACCCUUAUGCAGAUAAAGAAAAAUCACAACCCUUAAGCAACUAGCAAACAUCUGAAUGUGUAGACCCCCCGACAAGUUCAAGUUCAUAGCCACAAUCUUGUUAACGUGUUCACUGAAAAAGGAAAAGAAAUUCGCGCCUGUAGCAUUGUGCUAAGAUAGGUACUAACCUUACCAUCCUGAGGUGGUCCCGAAGCCUAAUUGCACAGGAGAACCUCAGGCUCACCGCAGCAGAUUCGUUCUCCGCUGCUGUAACAUUUCCGUUGAUUUAGGCCUCCAACGACUUUACAGCAAUCACGGUGGUCACACGUGCCUCGUCCUUGCCGGAGAAAGUCCAACCGCUGCCGCACCGGUGUAAUGAAAGGCUGUCUCUAAGUCGUUAAUCUGCUGGGCGUAACGGCCAUGCCACAGAAUUGAUCAGCGUAGAGAAGGUCAUCAUCAUGGACCUCUUGAUUGGCAAAGUAGUAUCCAUCCUCGAAAAUGAAGCGUCUCUGAUACUUGGUCUUCGGGAUGACCUUGAGGAGAUCCAGCAGGAGCUUGUUAGCAUGAAAUCCUUUUUAGAGGAUACUGAGAUCCAGAAAGAACUCAGUGAAGUUGACAAAGUUUGUAUGGCAAGUAUAAGGGAUUUGGUUUAUAAGGUUGGAGAUACCAUUGAUGAAUUUAGCUAUCAUGCGAAUCAUCAUCGAGGUGGGGGUCGAAUUAUGGGUUUCCUCCACCAUAUCAUUUACUUUCCCGAGAAUCUUUGGAUGAAACAUCAAAUUGGGACAAAGUUGAGGGAGAUUAAAAAAAAGGUUAAGGAUAUUGCGGAUAGGAGGCAAAGAUAUGCUGUCAAUCGUAGAGAAGGAAAAAGUCCUUACGAACAUAGUGACAAAUGGGUGCAGAACCAUGCAGAGUCCUCUCUUUUCAUAGAAAAAGAAGAAAUCGUCGGGAUAGAAAGGAAAAAGACAGAACUAAUGGGGAGCCUGAUGGAUGGAAAUCCACGCCAGAUUGCUGUCUCACUGAUCGGAAUGGGAGGAUCCGGUAAGACAACACUGGCUGCCAGUAUCUACCGUGAUGAAAGUAUAAAGAGAUACUUCCACUGUCAUGCAUGGAUUACUGUUUCUCAGACUUAUGUGAUAGAGGAUUUGCUCAGAAGCUUAAUCACAGAAUUCCAUCAAUCAAGGAAGGAAGAGGUUACUGUGGAUUUGAAGGCCAAGAGCUAUAGAGAUCUGGUUGAUAUGCUGCUGAAUUACUUGAAAACGAAACGAUACCUAGUUGUCUUGGAUGAUGUAUGGGAUACCAACCUUUGGACAGCGAUAAGGGUGUCAUUUCCAGAUAGAGAGAUGGGAAGCAGAAUAGUACUCACCACUCGGAAAGAAGAUGUAGCGCUCUCUUCUUCUGGUGGUGGAAGCCGCAUUCAUCGUAUUCAACCAUUGCUACCAAACGAUGCUUGGAAACUCUUCUGCAUGAAAGCUUUCUCAAGCUAUCCGGACAAUUCUUGUCCGGAAGAGUUUAAAAAAAUUGCUUCUGAACUUCUCGACAAGUGCGAAGGCCUACCUUUAGCUAUCGUAGCUUUGGGUGGUAUUAUGUCUUCCAAAAAUUCCAUAAUAGAGUGGAGAAAAGUUUGUAAAAACUUAAAUUGGCAGCUAAAUGACGAUCCCAACUUAGAGAAAGCCAAUAAGAUAUUGUUGCUUAGUUUCAAUGAUUUGCCAUACCAAUUGAAGCCCUGUUUCUUGUAUUGCUCCCUAUUUCCAGAAGAUUAUUUGAUGAGAAGAAAAAGGCUUAUCAGGCUGUGGAUGGCCGAAGGAUUUGUAGAACAAGUUAGAGGGCUCACACCUGAAGAAGUUGCAGAUAGCUAUCUUAUGAAACUCGUUUCGCGAAGCAUGUUAGUUGUCGUAGAAAGGAACCCAUCUGGGAGGCCAAAAGCAUGCAAGAUGCAUGAUCUUCUGCGGGAGCUUGCUGUGUCUGUAUCCGAAAGAGAGAAAUUUGGUGCUAUAUAUGAUGGGAGUGAAAACAUGGAAAAAUGCGAAGCUCGCCGCCUGUCAAUUAUCCAAACUGAUAAUGAAAUUCAAUCAUGGAACGGUGUGUCUCAGCUUCGCACUUUACUUGUGUUUGUCCCUCUGUUUUCAAAACUGAAAUUGCCACUCGGAUUCAAAUUGUUAAGGGUCUUAGAUUUGGAGGGUGGUUUUCCAAUUGAAAAAUUGCCUGAUGAAUUAGUCUACCUAUUCAACUUAAGGUAUUUAAAUUUAGGGGAAACUUCAGUACAUAAGCUUCCAAAAUCCAUAGGUAGACUUCGUAACCUUCAAACCUUGAUUAUCAGGGACACAAACAUUGUGACACUUCCUAAAGGAAUAGCAAAAUUACAGAACUUGCGCCAUCUUCUAAUGUAUCAUUAUUGUCAAGAAGAUGGUUUUGGUUUCAGAUAUGUACGGGGGACACAAGCACCAUCAAAGAUCACUAAGUUGAAAAUGUUGCAAGUUCUGUCUUGUAUUAUAUCAGAAGGUGACCUUAUACAACAAAUAGGGAAUAUGACCCAGCUUACUAGGCUUGGCAUUACCGAUGUGAAAGGCAGUGACGAGAUGGAUUUAUGUGUCUCACUUGAAAAACUGAGGUUACUUCAUUAUUUAUUUUUGAUGGUAAUUGAUGAAGAGGAAACCCUUCGACUGGAUGCCAUCUCAUCACCUCCUCCACUGCUUCAAGUCCUCAUUCUGACCGGGAAACUGGAGAAGGUACCGCGCUGGAUUUCUUCCCUUCACAAUCUCGUAUCAUUGUUUUUGCAUUGGUCCAGACUUGUAGAAGAUCUACUUCCUCAUAUAGCAAGAUUACCGACCUUGGGGGAUCUAUGUCUUAUCAAUGCUUAUGUUAGGGAAACAAUGUAUUUUCAUGAAGGCUUUCUAAAGCUCACCCGCUUGACCUUGGUAAAUUUACCACAAUUGCAUUUUAUAUCUAUUGGAAGGGGGGUGAUGCCUGCUCUCCAGGUACUUUUUCUCGCAGAAUGCAGUAAGUUAAAGACACUGCCAAUGGGUAUUGAAGAUCUUUCCAAUCUCCAAGAAUUGAAGUUGGGAUCCAUGCCAAUGGAGUUGAUAGAGAGUAUACGAGUGGGAGGUGUGGAUCGUUCAAAGGUCCAACGCAUACCCAACAUCCAACAUUAUUUUGGAAAAAUGCAUGAAAGUUUGUCCGAAUGGAAUGAUUAAUCAAGGGUGAAGGUUUCACUCUCUUUCCAAAGAAGACUCUAAUUAUAUAUAUUUGGCAUGCAAUGAAUGAAGUUUUCAUGCAAUGAAUGAAGUUUUAGUACUUAUAUAUAUAUAUAUAUAUAUAUAUGGUGCGCCUGUUAUCCAAGAGUACCAGAUAAGGAGCCUUACCACAUGUAAAAGGAGGAAUUCGGUCAAAAAAUUUAUUUAGAAUUCUUGGAUAAGAAAUUCAUUGUAUAUCUAAUAUACAUAUAUGUGUGUGCACGCACCAUUAUGUGUGUUUAUGUGUGUAAGUUACAUAUACAACGUUUUGUAGCCGUACUGGCUGUCAGAUGGUUCUAAUGUAUUUUAUCUUGAGUUUUAUUCUACAAGAUUA